CGUUAAGCCCCGCCCAGGCCCCUGUUUUUUUAUGUCGGGCGGCCCCGCGUGUCUUUCUUUUCCACAUCAUGGCGGACCGGUUCAAUAAGGUUCUGAUCAUUGAUGGCAGAGGCCAUCUGCUCGGUCGCCUUGCCGCUAUUGUGGCCAAGCAAGUCCUGCUCGGUCACAAAGUUGUGGUAGUGAGGUGUGAGGGCAUCAACAUAUCUGGAAACUUCUAUCGCAACAAAUUGAAGUACUUGGCUUUCCUUCGUAAAAGAAUGAACACCAACCCUUCCCGUGGACCAUAUCACUUCAGAGCCCCCAGUCGCAUUUUCUGGAGGACAGUAAGAGGUAUGCUUCCACACAAGACCAAGAGGGGUCAGGCUGCUCUGGAGAGGCUGAAGGUGUUUGAUGGCAUCCCCCCUCCUUAUGACAAGAGGAAGCGCAUGGUUGUGCCAGCUGCUCUCAAGAUUGUGCGUCUGAAGCCCACACGCAAGUUUGCCCUACUUGGCCGUUUGGCCCACGAGGUUGGCUGGAAGUACCAGGCCAUCACCAGCACCCUGGAAGAAAAGAGGAAAGAAAAAGCCAAGAUGCGCUAUCAAAAGAAGAAAGUUCAAAUCAAGCUGACCAAACAGGCAGAAAAGAAUGUAGAGAGCAAGAUUGCAAAAUAUACUGAGGUUCUUAAACAGUAUGGUGUCCUUGUUUGAGCUUAUCUUGCAGCCAUUUAAAUAAAUGUUUAUAAAAUCUA